AGCUGGGCUGAGCGUAGAAGAAAGAACAGCCGGAACCACCAGAUGUCAAGUCUAAAAUUGAAGGCUUGACCACUGACAUUAGUUUAGUACUCGUUGAUCUCGUAUUCUCGAAAAUCCCUUACAAAGACAAUAACUUUGAAGAUUGAAGACCCAAACUCUCUCCUCUGUAAUCUGUUCCUCUGCUCGUCUGUGAUAUCUUUCGAGUAUUUCGCUUCUUCAAACUUUGUGAUGGCUUUGUUUUUGCGAAGAAUUCCUCGAGUCGCCGUUCCUCUAGGGUUUCGAAAUGCGUUCAAGGAGAUUCCUAACUCGUAUCGUGGCCGUACGAUUCCAUUGGGUGCAGCCGCUGCUGUAUCAGGCGCUGCUGCUUUUUGCUUCUUUUCUCCCAUGGUGGCGUACCUUGAUUCCCAAAAUAAAGAGGAUAGUGAGAAAGUUGCACUCAAUCCAGAAAAAUGGUUGGAAUUUAAGCUUCAAGAAACUGCCAGGGUCAGCCAUAACACCAAUUUAUACAGGUUCUCUUUUGAUCCAACAGCCAAAUUGGGCCUUGAUGUUGCUUCGUGUAUUAUCACAAGGGCUGCUAUUGGAGAGGAAUCAGAGGGAAGACAAAAAUAUGUAAUUCGACCGUAUACACCAAUAUCAGAUCCUGAGUCCAAAGGCUAUUUUGAUUUAUUAAUCAAGGUUUAUCCAGAAGGUAAAAUGAGUCAGCAUUUUGCGCAAUUGAAGCCAGGAGAUGUGUUGGAAGUGAAAGGACCUAUUGAAAAGCUCAGAUAUAGUCCAAAUAUGAAAAAGAAAUUGGGAAUGGUUGCAGGAGGCACUGGUAUCACCCCAAUGGUGCAGGUUAUCAAGGCUAUUCUUAAAAAUCCAGAUGACAAAACUCAGGUAUCAUUGAUUUAUGCAAAUGUGUCACCAGACGAUAUUUUGCUGAAGGCAGAGCUUGAUAGGUUGGCAGCUAGUUAUCCAAAUUUCAAGGUUUUUUAUACUGUUGAUAAACCAAGCAAGUCCUGGAGAGGUGGUGCGGGCUUUAUAUCAAGUGAUAUGAUUCUAAAGGGCUUGCCUGGCCCUUCUGAGGAUACACUCAUUUUGGUCUGUGGACCACCUGGUUUGAUGAACCACAUAUCAGGUGACAAGGCAAAAGAUAGAUCUCAAGGGGAACUCUCUGGAUUACUCAAGGAUCUAGGUUACACUGAAGAAAUGGUCUACAAGUUUUGAGUAGAUUGCUAACUACUUUGACAUGUAACUUUGGAUAUAGAGUAAUCAAUAAGCAAGCUAUUUAUCUGUGAUGAUAAAUGAAUUUUUGCUGUGGUAAACCUUGAGAUGCAGCUCAAUUGCAGAAGUCUUUGGUUUUUGAUUUAUCUUGGGAUGGCUAUAUUUGGUUGCAUGUAUUCAGGAUGCAUAUUCUGAGAAUAUAUAUUAAAACAAAACUAGGAUAUUCUGAUUUCUCAAAGCUAGCUAUUCAGUUGGCUGUAAAGUAAAUAAAGUGAAGCUAUUUUUCCUAUUCAAUUGAAAUUGUAAAGGCCAGAAUCUAGCACUCUAGUAAAAUGCAUUGAGAAUAAUACCUCUUUUGUUCUUUAGAUUUGGUGAUACUAAAUAUGCUGCAACAUUUUGUUUUCUGCA